UUCCCUUUCUCUCGCUGUUUUGCAGCCGCCCCGGCCAGGCGGGGACCCCGCUCGCUCGCCCGCCCGCCCCGAUGGUUCCGCGCUGCCCGGCCAGGGCCGUCCCCGGCAGCCGCAGCCUGGCGUGAGCCCGCGGCUGGUGAGCGCCCGGCGGGCCCGGAGCAGGAGCGGGAUGGCCGGAGCCCGCGGCUGGCUCUAGGGGCUCGGGUCCUAUUGCACCAGCCGCCCCAGCAUCCUCCCAGCGGGCGGCGCCCCGGAGCCGCCCCUGCCCUUUGUGCGCCGGCGAGGGGCGCACGGAGCCGGGCUCCCCGGGGUGGGACCCACCGGCGCCCGCCGCCGCCGCCGCUGCUGCAGCCCAUCCCCCGUCCUGGGCCAUGAGCGCCCCCUUCUAGCCGCGGAGCCGCGCGGGCCCCCCCCCGGCCAGCCCCCGCGCCCGGCGCCCGGGGAAGAUGUCUUCGCGCACCGCCCUGGCGUCUGGCAACGAGCGGAACUCGGACGCGCACUCCACCCUGGCCAGCAGCCGCUCGGAGAAGGGCUCGUCGUGGUCCAGCCGUUCGCUGGGUGCGCGCUGCCGGAACUCCAUCGCCUCCUGCACCGACGAGCAGCCCCACAUCGGCAACUACCGACUCCUCAAAACCAUUGGCAAGGGCAACUUCGCCAAGGUCAAGCUGGCCCGGCACAUCCUGACAGGCAGAGAGGUUGCAAUAAAAAUCAUUGACAAGACGCAGCUGAACCCCACAAGCCUCCAGAAGCUCUUCCGGGAAGUGCGGAUCAUGAAGGGACUGAACCACCCCAACAUCGUGAAGUUGUUUGAGGUGAUAGAGACGGAGAAAACACUCUACCUGGUGAUGGAAUAUGCCAGCGCUGGUGGAGGGGAGUGAGUCACGCACAGGCAGCAGCCUCUCCCUGGCCCGGGUGCGGGCACCCAGCGAGGUUUCCAACGGCACCAGCAAGUCGUCCUCCCAUGGCAAGAGCCAGCGCAGCUCUUCCACCUACCACCGGCAGCGGCGGCACAGUGACUUCUGUGGCCCCUCGCCGGUCCCCAUGCACCCCAAGAGGAGCCCCACAAGCACCGGGGAGGCAGAGCUGAAAGAGGAGCGGAUGCCCUCGCGUAAGGCCAGCUGCAGCGUGGUGAGCAGCGGGCGCGGGAUCCCCCCCUCCAGCCCCAUGGUGAGCAGCGCCAACAACCCCAAUAAAUCAGAGAUCCCCGACCGGCGCAAGGACAGCACCAUCAACACGAACAACAUCCCGUCGAGCGUAAUGACGCGGAGGAACACGUACGUGUGCACGGAGCGGCCCGGCACCGACCGCCACUCGCUGCUGCACAACGGCAAGGAGAACAGCUCCAUCACCAACCGGGUGCCCCCUGCGUCACCCUCCACCCACAGCAUCGCCUCGUCCUCAGACCGCACCCGCCUCUCGCGUGGCACCACCAUCCGCAGCACCUUCCACGGGGGUCAGGUGCGGGAUCGGCGCGGGACCGUGCAGAACGGGCCGCCCACCUCCCCCACGCUGUCCCACGAGGCCACGCCGCUGCCUCAGAGCCGCAGCCGCGCCACCUCCAACCUCUUCAGCAAACUCACCUCCAAGCUGACGCGGAGGGUCGCAGACGAACCUGAGAGAAUCGGGGGACCUGCGCUCACAAGUUGCAAUUUACCUUGGAAUCAAAAGGAAGCAGAACCCCGGCUGCUCCGAUGUACCUGGAAUGUGAAGGUGACCAGCACCCACCCCCCCGAGGCCAUGAUGGCUGCCCUGCGCCAAGCCACGGACUCGGCCAGCUGCCGCUGCCGCCAGCUGGAGCCCUUCCUCCUGUCCUGCACGCACGCCAAGAGCGCCAGCGAGCACUUCUGCCACUUCGAGGCGGAGGUGUGCCGGCUGCAGCGCCUUGGCCUCACCGGCGUGCUCUUCCGGCGCCUGUCCGGCACCUCGCUGGCCUUCCGCACCGUGGUGACGAGCAUUGCCAGCCAGCUGCAGCUCUAGAUCCCUGCCCGUCCUCACUGGGGGUGGGGGGUCCCCCCAGGCUCCCUGGCCUGGAGCCAGUGCAGCCCUGGGACGGAUCUGGCCAGCAGUUCGGCCUGUAGGGGAAAUGCCCCUGACCUCUCUGGCCUGUGAACCCGGCCUCUCCUCUGCUGGGCCUAGGCCUGGGGCCUGCCCUGCUGCUCAUAGGGGCUCACAGGGAGAGCACGGGCACCAGGCACUGUUCCCCUUUGGGGCGAGGGGCUGGGCCUGGCUCUGCUGGGCUGGGGCCAGUGGGGCAUGCCUAGCCUAGCGCAGGAGGGGGCUCCCCAGGCCAAUUGUGGGGUGUCACUGAGCCACUGGCCCCAGUGUAGGGGAGGCAUUCCCAACCUUGGCAGGUGGUGGGGUGGUGGCAGGGCAGGGCCCUCUGGGAGAGGCAGGGUGGGAUGCUCUGGGGUGUGGGGGGCUCAGGAUACAGGGGGGCACUCCAGGUUUGACAGGCCACUGUGGGGUGAGGGCAGGGCAGGGGGCUCUGGGUUGGGGGCGAUGUAGUGGGGCCAGAGUGAGAAGCUAGGCACUUGGGACAGCAGUGUAGCCAACGGGCCCACAGUUUCAUCCACCUCCAGCUCUGGGCCAGAGGGGAGCCCCAUCUCCCUGGGUGGCCGAGAGGUCACAAGUCUCCCCAGCACAGGGACAAGGGGGAACCCCGUCUAGGCACAGCAGUGCGGAGCAGGUGUCACGGCGAGUGCUGGGUCCUCGGGGGUGGUCCCAGCCUAGGCCAUGGCAGUGACUCGGGCCCCGGAUGCCCCUUGGGUGGGGGUAGGACAGUGUUGAUUGAGCUCGUGGGCAGGGGUGAUGGAGCUGGAAGCCAUGGGGCAAGUGCCCCGGUGCCCAUGGCUAUCCCAGUGCUCGCCUCUGUUGCCCAGCAGUCCCCCGCAGGGCAGCACGAGGGACUGUGCCCCCUCCCUGGGGGCAGCUCUGACCCCAGCCCUCCCUCCCUCCCUCCUGGUUGGCUGCCUCAGCUCAGGGCCAGUGGGUGAGAGGGGCCCUGCGGGCAGCCCCUGGGGAAGCUAGACCUCCAGGGGGACUCAGUGCUGCUCGAGGUACAGCCCCCUUGGCCCCAUGGGGGGAGCAGGGCCCCAGGUGGAUCAUGGCCUCACUGGAGCUGGUACGACCUGGGGCCUGGCACGGCUGCACCUCCCUUAGAUGGGCACGAGCUGCCCAUGCGUGCCCAGGGCUGGGGGGAGAGGGUCAGCCUGGCCUCAUGCCCUGCUGCUGUGGAGGGGCUGGAGGCUGGGUGGAAUAAAGGAGGUUGUAAGCAAGGCAGCAGGUGUCCUGGCCAUGGGGCUGGAGGGUGCGUCUAAGUGGCAGGCAUUCUGGCAAGGGGGGUGUCCCUAGGUGGUGGGCAUCCUGGCUGGGUGGGGGGGGUCCCCGCUAGGGCCUGUUGACACCCCCACCCCAUUUUUUAAAGAGCAGAGCAACGCAACAGGCAGCUCCCGGGAAAGCCCUGGUGGGUCUCCCCCUACCCUGGGCCGGGCCCUCCCCUCUUGUACAGCCCCUGUAAAUAGCCCCGGAGUCCCCUAGGGUUGUGUAGCGUACCAAGCCAGAGCCUUGGGACAUUUUUAAGUUAUUCCAGCCCUGUGCGCCAGUCUGUAUUGACCCCCAAUAAACAUAGGAAGCCUCUG